AUGCCUCUGCUCGAGGUCUCACACAAUGCAAGAGACCUCGAAUCCUCGGGUCGAAAGAGGACGCACAACGAGUUUGCCGCGGAAUCGGCAAAGAUUGAUCCCGUGGAGGAUGCUAAGAACAUCUCGCCUGUGGACAUUCAAGAGCCGGACCAUGAUUCACCCCUCUCUUCCCCAUUAUCAUCGCCUGGCCGCCCAGACGCAGAGAGCGAUCUGCCACUGCCAUCUUCACCGUCAAAAGCGCCUGAGACCCAAGGAUCCUCGGGAGCGGCUGUACCAGACUCAAACCCCGCCUCAGACAUGAAUCCUCCAGCCAAGCGAAAACGCCUCACAGCGGCAGAGAAGGAGAUGCGCGAUAAGGAACUUGCCGAGAAAAAGAAAGAACGCGAGGAGCAGGCUGCGGAAAAGGCGAUGGAAAAGGCAAAGAAAGAGGAAGAGAAAGCGGCGCGAGCAAAAGAAAAGGAAGAGAAACGAAAAUUGAAAGAAGAAGAGGAUCGGGUCAAGGCCGAAAAGAAGAGAAAGAAGGAGGAGGAAUUGGAGCGAAAGGCUAGAAGUCAGAAGACCCUCGGCAGCUUUUUCAAAAUCCCCAGCAUGCCCAAGCACACCGACGGAGAAGAGGCGACGAGAGAGAAUAGCCCCGCAAAGGCCAAUUCAUCAGCGGCCAAGGAGAAGCCAACAGUGUCGGAAUACUCAAAGAUGUUCCAGCCAUUCUUUGUCAAAGACAACACUCAACUGGCACCAGCGAUAUCCCUGAUGGAUGAAGCGACCCGGGCAAUGAAAUCCAAGAACCUGGACGACUAUAUCGCGAACCAGCCCAGCGAAGAUGCUCCGCCCAAGUUCGACCCUUUGAGCGCCUUCUCCCUUUCGGCUCUCCCCGCUCGCCGUGGCAAAUUACACCAACCGGUCCGUCACCUCAUGGAGAUGGCCUACAAGGCUACACAAGAUUCAGUGACUAUGGGCAGUGCAGAUUCUAGCAGGAUCUACACAGAGGUCCAGGCGGGUCUCAAGAAGAUUCCUCUGAAAGUGAUUGCCUUUUCUCAAGAUGUGCGUCCGCCCUAUUACGGCACCAUCACUUUCAAGCCCUUCGUACUCGGCAAAGGAAACAUGCAGAAACUCGCGAGAAGGUCCAUGUCCCGUCGACUACCGCUCGACUACGAUUACGACUCGGAGGCCGAGUGGCAGGACGAGGAAGAGGGCGAGGAUCUUGAUCUUGAGGAUGAGGAAGAGGAGCUGGAUGAUGAAGACGACAUGGACGGGUUCCUUGAUGAUUCCGAGGAUGUCGGACUCUCUAGGAGAGUGUUUGCCGACACCCUGAAGCCGGACAUUACGGGCCCUUGCUUUGAGAACCAGAACCGCAAAGUCUCAAUCUUGACCUUGAGCGACAACAAGAUGGAGUUUAUCCAUGGCGCUGCUGGAUCCAGCUCAGCGCCAGGCAAGCUUGUCAAGCCUGAGCUUCUGAAUGACGUCAAGAAGGCCAUCUUGGACAACAAGGCUCUCUCCAAAGUCGGCAUCGUCGAUUUCAUCUUUCAUCAGUUCAAGGAUCAAGCCUCACGGCUGGAAGUCAAAAACACAAUUGAGCACGUCGCGGAAAAGAAGGGCACCGGUCGAACCAAGGAAUGGGAGUUGAAACCCGGCCAUGAGAUAACACUGUGA